AUGCUCUCCGCCGGCGGCAAUUUUCAGAGGCUCUGGUCCAAGCUGGUCCUCCUCGGUAUCAAUGCUGGCGCUCUGUGGUCCAUGACGACUUUUGUGCAGGGCGUGGCGGCGGCACCGGCAGAUCGUCAUGUUAGACAGGCCCAAGAGAAGCCAGGAAGGGAACGCUUCCCGAACCCCAACGACCCCUUUCACUUCAUUCCUUGUCUCUCUUCCAGGGCUACCCGAGCCAUUCCUCUUCUCAAUGAUGCAGACCCCCAAGGCACGUGGACAAGAUUGUUCGAUCCCAACCCUGACAAUUGGGUUUGGCAGGCAUCACUGCCUCUCAACGCCUCAAAACCUGGCCAGCCCAGUUCCGUCGACCCUUACAAGGACAGAGGUCUCUAUCUGUGCGGCUACCUGGACGUUCCCCUAGACUACCUCAAUGAGUCCGACUCUCGAAUCAGCCGACUGGCCGUUGUCAAAUAUCAGGUGUCGGGCGUCGGGAAGAAAAGCGAGAGGACCAUUGUCGUCAACCCGGGAGGCCCAGGAGGAAGCGGUGUUCUCUUUGCCCUCCAAGGCGCAGAAAUCAUGGCACGUCAUAGGACCAACGACAUCUACGAUGUGCUCAGCUGGGACCCUCGCGGCGUCGGCCUCUCACACCCCCGAAUGAGCUGCUUCCCGUACAACGGCCUCUCAGACCGUUGGCAGCUGAUGAUGCGUAUGGAUCUCAAAGAGUCGCCCAGUGCCAGAGCGCACUUGGAGAGAGUCAACGCCAUGAACGACGCCAUCUUUCGCUCAUGCCAUGAGCGGCUCGGUGACCUUCCUCGAUUCACAUCCACCGUCAGCGUCGCCCGCGACAUGGAGAAGAUCCGAGCCGCGCUGAAUGAGACCGAACUCACUGGAUACUUUGCCAGCUACGGGACCACACUGGCCCAGAUCUAUGCCAGUAUGUUCCCAGAUCGCGUCGGGCGCAUGGUCCUGGACGGCAUGGACUUCGCCAGAGACCACAGAGUCAUGGGGGGCUACGGGAAAACAGCCCUGUACAACACAACCGACGUCUGGAACGAUGGUUUCCUUGGAGAAUGCGUCGCUGCCGGGCCCCGACGUUGCGCACUUGCCGAGCCCAUCAACGACACUGAAGUGACUCUCGACUCGUUGAAGCAGAGGAUGCACAGGCUCCUCGACGGGCUGGCAAAGCGUCCUAUACCCACGUACCACAAUCAAUCCGGGCCAUUGAUCAUCACCUACAGCAACGUAGUGUCUUUCAUCUCAUCCGAGCUAUACACGCCGGGACGCUGGGCAGGUACAGCCAGACUACUCCGGGAGCUGGAAGAAGGCAACUACACAUCGGCCACCCGCUUGGCCGCCGCAUCCUGGCAAUACACGCCCCCGAACGUGAUUAUAAAGCCCGCUCCAGGGCAGGAACUAUUGAACAUGGUGGUGUGCGGCGACGCGAGCGACGCCGACACACCUACCGAUCUGGGCUUCUGGGAGUCUCUCUGGAGGGACAUGACCGCGCGGAGUUUCAUCAGUGGGCAGGCCAACUUUGCAACUGUAUUUCCCUGCCACAACUACAAGAAGUACUGGCCAAAGGGCGCAGCGACGUACCGGGGCGACUUUAACAAGCCCCUCAAGAACCCCAUUCUGUUGGUGUCUUCGACACACGAUCCGGUCACUCCGCUCCGAAACGGCAGAGAGCUCCUCAAGGAGAUGGGUGUGAAGAAUGCGAGGAUGAUUGUCCAUCAUGGCUAUGGACACGGCUCGUGGUCUGACCCGUCGAAUUGUACGAAUGCUCUUUUCCUCAAGUACUUUUUGAACGGCACCCUCCCUGAAAGGAUGGAGACAGAUUGCUACGCUGAUAAGAAACCGUAUCGGUAUCGGCCUGGGCCCAAGGAGGGUAGCAAGCCCGGCUUGGCUGAGCUGACAACUGCUUACCUGUCUGCCAUUCCUCGGAUGUAA